UUUUGCGGUUCCUGAUACAAGUGGUGGGAAGAAGGAGCUCGAGGUUUUCAACUUCAAAGGUUCUGGCGGUGUAGCUUUGUCCAUGUACAACACUGAUGAGUCUAUUUGUGCUUUUGCCGAGUCUUCAAUGAACAAUGCUUACCAGAAAAAAUGGCCACUUUAUCUUAGCACAAAAAAUACAAUUAUGAAGAGUUAUGAUGGAAGAUUUAAAGACAUUUUCCAGGAAGUUUAUGAAACUCAAUGGAAAUCCAAGUUUGAGGCAGAAAGUGUUUGGUAUGAGCACCGUCUUAUUGAUGAUAUGGUUGCUUAUGCUCUAAAAAGCGAAGGAGGUUAUGUAUGGGCAUGCAAAAACUAUGAUGGUGAUGUGCAAAGUGAUUUCUUAGCCCAAAGGUUUGGAUCUCUUGGGUUGAUGACAUCAGUGCUGGUAUAUUCUCUCCCCUCUCAACUAAACACAUCCAUAAAUAGAUAGAGAACAGCACCUAUGCACAUGCACCAUAGCCUAAUGGCCU